AUGAUUACUCGACAAAUUCCACUUCCACCAUUAUUAUCACAAUUUGAAUCAAAUCAUCAUAUGACACAAUAUCCUCCAAUGAAACAAACAAUUGCUAGACUAUCAGCUAGUUAUCCACUUCCACUGAUAGCACCGCCUUUGCCGUUGAAUAUGGGUGUACCAACAUUUGCAACUAUUUCAGAGAUUGAUAAUUUACUUCCGCCACUGACUGAUUUUAUUGAACAAUCACCACCACCACCGACUCCUCCCCCUUCAUCUUCAAUGCCAUAA